AUGCCCUUCUCGUCACCCUUCCCUACUCUUGACAUUCCAAAAUGUAAUUUGCUAGAUUACCUAUUUCCUCAGGGAGCAGUUCCUUCAGGCACACCUAUUUGGAUUGACUCCAAAGAUACCGACCAGCACCUCACACCACGAUCGUUGCUACAAUGGUCGAAACGAUUGGCCUUGGGUUUGGAUCGCAUCGGGAGCAAACCGGGCGAGGUCGUGAUGAUUUUCACACCGAACCACAUCUUCGUUCCCGUGGCCUACCUUGGAAUCGUGGGGUCGAAGCGAAUCUUCAGUGGCGCCAACCCAGCAUACACAGUCUCUGAGAUGACACAUCAGGUUGCAAAUACAGAAGCAAAGUUCAUUCUCGCGCACCCAACAUUGAUCAAAGCAGCCGUAGCAGCAGCCAAGGGCGCCGGCCUUCCAGAAGGACGUGUCUUCCUCUUCUCAGACGAACCUUGUGCACCAGUCGAAGGCUGCAAAGACUGGAGAGACAUGUUACCGUCCCCAGCUGAAACCAAAACAUACAACUUCCCAAAGUUGUCUGCACACGAAGCAGCCACCACGACAGCUACAGUCAACUACUCCUCUGGCACUACUGGGCUACCCAAGGGUGUCGAGGUAAGCCAUUACAAUCUUAUCGCGAACCUCGAACAGACCAUCUUCAUGCGUUAUCUCAACAAGCCAUGGAAUGCAGACACCCGGCCUCGGGAAACUUGGAUUGGUUUUUUACCACUGUACCAUGCUUACGGACAGCUUUACACCAUAGCCAUGGCGCAGAAACUUCAGAUACCCUGCUUCAUCAUGAAGAAGUUCGAAUAUGAGGAGUUCCUGCGGGUAAUUCAGACGCACAAAGUCACGCAUCUGCAAGUCGCGCCACCAAUCAUGGUCAUGCUCAGCAAAAGACCAGAGACGGCAAAAUACGACCUUGGUAGUGUAACAGAUAUUCUGUGCGGUGCUGCGCCAUUAUCAAAGGAGCUUCAGAAUGAGAUUAGUAAGAAGUUGCAAUGCGAGAUCGUGCAGGGGUGGGGCAUGACGGAGGUCACCUGCGGAGCUAUACAUGUGCCAGGAGGUACUGUAGAUGACUCUGGAAGUGUGGGUCAACUGGAUCCAAACUGCGAAUGCAUGCUUCUUGACGAUGACGGCAAUGAAGUCCCUGAAGGACAACCAGGCGAGCUCCAUGUCCGCGGCCCCAACAUAUGUCUCGGCUACUGGCGCAAUCCAAUCGCAACGAAAGAGUCUAUAUCACCAGAUGGAUGGCUGAAAUCCGGUGAUGUUGCUGUCGUGAAGAAUGGAUGGUUUUGGAUAGUCGAUCGAAAGAAGGAACUGAUCAAAGUCAACGCCCUGCAGGUCGCACCCGCAGAACUCGAAGCCGUGCUCCUCGAAUUCGACCCAAUCGCUGAUGCGGCUGCUGUUGGUAUCACGCUUGAUGGCCAGGAAUGGCCGCGUGCAUAUGUUGCACUUAAGGACGAGCAUAAGGGCAGGACGACCGCAGAGGAUAUUCAUAAGCAUAUGAAGAUCAAGGUUGCAAAACAUAAGCAGCUUGUUGGGGGAAUUGUAUUUGUGGAUGAGGUGCCGAAGUUACAGUCAGGAAAGAUUAUGAGGAAGGUUGUCAAGGAAUGGGCGAAGAGGGAUGCUGAGAUGAUGGGUAAAGCGAAGCUCUAG